AUGUUUGGAAACGCUGCUGCUAGCAAGCCAGCAACGAGCGGGCUUUUCGGCGCGUCUGGAACUGCCCAACCACAAGCGGGCGGACUUUUUGGAUCAAAUACGACUCAAACAACAAUUGGAGGUCAAUCUGCAACGAAUUCGGCGACACAACCACAGACGGGAACUCUCUUUGGUCAAUCACAGCCAGCCACAUCUGGAAACUUAUUUGGAUCUUCAUUAGCAACUACUUCCCAGCCACAGACUGGAGGACUCAACUCUUCUACCCAACAACCUGCAAGUAAUACAGGAUUAUUUGGAACCCCUGCACCCACACAACCCACAACGGCGGGAAAUCUUUUCAGUUUAAAAACAACAUCUCAGCCACAGCAAAGUAACGGACUAUUCUCGGUCCCGCAGUCAUCACUAGGCGGAGGAAACUUGUUUGGACAAAAUAAUACAAGUCAACCUCAAAAUGGAAAAUCUCUGUUCGGCAACACGGCAGCUCAGAACAAAUUGCCACCAUCACAGCAACCAGCAUUGGGUACAAGUUUAAUGGGUAAUAACUCUAACGGUGGCUUGUUCUCAAAUCAAACCGUAAACCAGCAACAAAAUAUCGUACCUGGCGUAUUAAUUGAUACGUCAAAUAUACGAGGUACCACGAGGUAUAAUGACCUCAAAGAAGAGCUUCAGAAGCAAAUAAUCGAAGUAGAUAAUAUGAUUCAAGCUCAAAUCCAGCUCAAGCAGGAAUGCGACGCCAUUAUGCCGGCACAUGACUCACAACUUGCUCAAAUUCCAAUUGAUGUGGAGUUUUGUCAAAGAAAACUUAUCGGUGUAGAUAGCGCCGCAGACUCAGAUAUUCAAGCUAUCUCUGCAGUACAAAAAUUAAUCAAGAGCGAUGCUGAAGCAGCCAAACUUAGUUUUAAGGCAAUAGAAAUUCUCAGACUUCCACCACAAUACCACACUUCAGGAGUCUGGUCGCCUAAAUCCGACGAAAGUCUUGGUAGCGGUAAAACUGAAGAUAUUGUCGGUUUCUUCUCUCAGUGUGCCGACGAGCUUAGUGUUAAGCUUUCUACUUACCAGAAACACAUAACGGAGAUUGAGCAGCAUUUACGCGGAAUCGAAGCGAACAGCGCACAUCAAAUUAAUUCGUUAGUAGCAAAGAAAAAUGGAAACACAACGUUUGAAGAAUCUUCCUUCGAUCAACUUGCUGGUGUUCUUCGAGAUUUUGAGACCGGGCUCUUGAAAGUUGCAGGCAAAGUUGGUGAGACCAGAAAAUGUGUUACAGCCUUACAGCUCAACCAACUAGGCCCGAAGAAUACUAGUUCGCGUUAUGGAGGUAGGGAUAGUAUAUAUUGA